AUGAAAGUACCCGAAGUGGAAACUCCAAAUGGCCAAGCGUAUAUGAUUUAUAGGUUAUGCAGGGCUUGGCUAGAAAUGAAAGUACCCGAAGUGGAAACUCCAAAUGGCCAAGCGUAUAUGAUUUAUAGGUUAUGCAGGGCUUGGCUAGAAAUGAAAGUACCCGAAGUGGAAACUCUAGAUGGCCAAGCGUAUAGAAAAAAAAUCGCACCUUAUAAACGGCACUGGGUAUUCCAACAAGAUUCGGCGCCAGCUCAUAGAGCGAAGAGCACACAAGAAUGGCUGGCGGCGCGUGAAAUCGACUUCAUCCGGCACGAAGACUGGCCCUCCUCCAGUCCAGAUUUGAAUCCGUUAGAUUACAAGAUAUGGCAACACUUGGAGGAAAAGGCCUGCUCAAAGCCUCAUCCCCAUUUGGAGUCACUCAAGACAUCCUUGAUUAAGGCAGCCGCCGAUAUUGACAUGGACCUCGUUCGUGCUGCGAUAGACGACUGGCCGCGCAGAUUGAAGGCCUGUAUUCAAAAUCACAGAGGUCAUUUUGAAUAA